AUGGCUAUCCGAUUCACGGUCAACUUCUCGGCGUCCGUUGCCUCCAACAUCGCCGCCGCUUCGACCUGCUCCUCGUCCGCCGCAUCGGGUAAGUGCGCCGUCUCACGAUUCCUGAAUGAGUGCGCGGCCCGAUCGCGAUUCGUCCAGCAUACCCCCUCUCAGAAGCCAGAUUCUGAUUACUCGGAUUUGUAUCAUUCGAAUUCCAGGCGAAAUCCUGCCACGUCCUUAUGUUCGACGUUGGCCAGUGAAAUUCUCGGCGGGAGUAGCCAAUCGCCCGUAGUUACAGGUUUAUUCUCCCUGGUGCACCAGUCAGUCGGGGGUUCUUCCUCGAGCUCCACUGUUUUGGGAAUUUCUCCGAUCAAGGCAUCAACUUUGAUCCCAUUUUUGUCGAGUUCUAAGUGGUUACCUUGUAAUGAACCCACGAGCACGGAGAUAGAUAGAGGAGGGACUUCUGUUAGAAGAAGCAGCAGCACCACGGCAGAGGCCUUCAGCAAUACCACUGCUUCCACCACCACCACCGCCAGCACCACUGUCAGCAGCAACCAUAAAGUAAAUGUUAAGACUGCGAAUGCUAGUGUUGGUGGUGAUAAGUGUAAGGGUCCUAAGGCCUUUGCCAUGGCCAAGGAUGGCAGCAGUAGUAUCAGUGUGAAUGUUUUGCCGGAGAGUAGGGAUGGAAGUGGCAGUAACAGUUGGCUGAUGAAAUUGAUGAAUAUGCCUUUCAGCUCUGAAGAUGCUAAGGCUGCAUUCACUGCUUUAAGUGUUAGUGUCCUUUUUAAGUCGACUUUGGCUGAGCCGAGGUCCAUAUCCUCUGCUUCUAUGUACCCAACACUUGAUGUAGGCGAUCGAAUACUUGCUGAGAAGGUUUCUUAUAUAUUUAAGAAUCCUGAAGUUCUAGACAUUGUGAUUUUUAAGGCUCCACCAAUUCUUCAGAAAAUUGGUUAUAGUGCAUCGGAUGUAUUUAUCAAAAGAGUUGUAGCUAAAGCUGGUGACUAUGUAGAGGUUCGUGAUGGGAAGUUGUUCGUCAAUGGUAUUCCACAAGAUGAGGAGUUCAUAUGGGAACCGCUUGAUUAUGAAAUUGGUCCAGUGCUUGUACCAGAAGGAUAUGUGUAUGUAUUGGGAGACAACCGCAAUAAAAGCUUCGAUUCUCAUAACUGGGGUCCAUUGCCUAUAAAGGACAUUGUUGGUAGAUCUGUUUUCCGGUAUUGGCCUCCUUCAAAGGUAUCUGACACUCUCGGCAACAUGCCUCCUUCAAAAGUAUCUGUGACUCUCGGCAACAAUCUGCAGCGUGCGCGGCUUCUUCACUGGGCUAGAUGGGCACGCCGAAGUGCUUGCACUACCAACAUCGCUACAAGUUGCAUAGGCACCGCUUGGGUGUCCACAGGAGGAUUGGAGGAUGAAGCUGCUAGGGCGUCUCCGAAUUUCAAAGCGCGGGCUGCAUUUGCCUUAGAGGUACUUGGUAUAUCUGUGCUCAUAGCCCCGCUGGCAAUUUCUUCUAGACAGGCCUUUGCAGCUUGA